GGUGGGGGGAAGGGAGGAACACAGGCAAUUCAGCUUCCGUUUCCGGUGUGGAGGAGGAGAAGGGAAAGGGAGUCUCUCUGUGUGUGUGUGUCUCUCUCUCUCUCUCUCUGCCUCUGGAGGAAGAGGAGGAGAGGCCAUGAGGAGGGCGACUACGCGCAUGCGCAGCGGCCGUGAAGCCAGGCCCGACCAGGCCUAAGCCCCGCCGCGAGGAAGACGAGGAGACGGAGGAGGAGGAGAAGGAGGACGGGCAGCCAUGGACAACCAGUGCACGGUGCAGGUGAAGUUGGAGCUGGGUCACCGGGCGCAGCUGCGCAAGAAGCCGACCACGGAGGGCUUCACCCACGACUGGAUGGUUUUUGUCCGCGGGCCUGAGCAGUUCGAGAUCCAGCACUUCGUGGAGAGGGUCGUCUUCCGCCUGCACCAGAGCUUUCCCAAGCCCAAGAGGGUCUGCAAAGAGCCGCCCUACAAAGUGGAGGAGUCCGGCUACGCUGGAUUCAUUAUGCCCAUCGAGGUCCAUUUCAUCAAUAAGGAGGAGCCCAAGAAAGUCUGCUUCACCUACGAUCUCUUCCUGAACCUGGAGGGGAAUCCUCCUGUCAAUCACUUGCGCUGCGAGAAGCUGACCUUCAAUAACCCCACCAAGGACUUCCAGCGCAAGCUCAUCAAGGCCGGAGGGGUGAUGGUGAUGCCCGAAGGGGCUGAAAGCGUUUCCCGACCGAGCCCAGACUACCCCAUGUUACCCACAAUCCCGCUCUCCGCCUUCUCCGACCCCAAGAAGACCAAGCCCUCCCACGGGUCAAAGAAGGCAAACCGAGAAGGGAGCAGUGGCGGUGGGAAGGCCUCGAAGCCGCACAAAGUGAUGCGGGAGCACCGCGAGCGGCCCCGGAAGGACCUGGAAGGCAAGGGCGGCUCCUCUUCCUCUUCCUCCCGGGAUGCGGAGGCUGGGAAGCCCCCCAAGGACCCCUCUUCCUCUUCCCGGAAGCCGGGCGAGGGCAAACCCCCCACCAAGGAGGAGCGGCCCCCCCUCCUUCCAAAGGUGGCCUUCAAGGAGCCCAAGCUGGCCCCCAAGGCUGAGGCUGCCUCCCCCAAAGGGGGCGGGGCUUCCGCAUCAGGGGGCGGGGUCAGCAACAGCAACAACAGCACCGCCCCGGAAGCCAAGCCCCCUGGGAAGCGGCCCCCGGCAGCAGGGGAGUCCCCCAAGCCCAGUGCCAAGAAGCCCAAGAAGAGCAGCAGCAACAGCGGUGGCAGCAGCUCCAGCUUCAGCAAGGGGCCCAAGGGUGCCCCACCCACAUCCUCCACGCCUUCCCCAAGGGGGGGUGCCCCCUUCGCUGAGAAGAAGCCCCCCAAGGAGAGGCUGCCCCCCAAGGUCGAGAAGGCCAAGGCUGAAGGAGAGGUCAAGGCGGCUGCCCCCGCCAAGAAGGGCCCCGAAGCCACAUCCAUGGCCGCUGAGGAGGAGUCCCACUCCGAAGAGGAGGAGCCCUCUCUCAAGUCAGAGUCGGCUCCUUCCAGCCCUUCCAACUCCAGCUCCAGUUCUGACUCCAGCUCCGACUCCGAUUUUGAACCUUCACAGAACCACAGCCAAGGUCCAUUGCGCUCCAUGGUGGAGGACCUGCAGUCGGAGGAGUCGGAUGAGGACGACAGCUCUUCUGGUGCAGAGGAGGCCGCCCCCAAGGCCACCCCUGUUGGGCGGGAUGCCAGGCUCAGCCCCAGCGACAGCGACAGCGACAACAGCAUGGACUCCUGCCUCCCCAGCCGAGAGGCCCCUCCCAGCCAGAAGCCGCCCCCCUCCCACAACAAGGUUUCCGGGAGAAAGAGCCCUGAGUCCUGCAGCAAGUCGGAGAAGAUGCUGAAGAAAGGCACCUACGACAAGGCCUACACGGACGAACUGGUGGAGCUCCACCGGCGACUGAUGGCCUUAAGGGAACGGAACGUCCUUCAGCAGAUCGUGAACCUGAUUGAGGAGACAGGCCACUUCAAUGUGACGACCACCACCUUCGACUUUGACCUUUUCUCCCUCGACGAGAGCACUGUCCGCAAGCUGCAGAGCUACCUAGAGGCCGUCACUACGUGACCUCCUGCCCCACAGAAAGACCCCAAACCCCUCUCUUUUUUAAAAACACAAACAAACAUAGACGUUGCUCUGAUACCAGAUCAUCCCUCCUUCCCUUCCUUUGGCUCAAUGGACCCACUUUGGGCUGAAACCCAUUGGAAAUGGGCCACCGUCCGGAUCCUAUCCUGGCCGACUACCCAUUGUUUCUGGUUCAGGAAGAAGAUGCACCAACAAGGACCGUCGUGGCUUCUCCGUCCAAAGCUGGACCUUCCUUUUGGUCACUUCCUGGGGUCAAAGGCCCCUUCCUUCCCCGCCCCCUGCUUGUAAGGACUAUUGUAUGCUGUCAAUUUUAUAUAUAUUAUUAUAUAUAUAUAUAUAUAUAUAUUAUAUAUGUUAACGGUGUCAGAAAAGAGCCUCAUUGGGCCCUAUGAGGAUGGCAUUGAUGCGCCUUUUUACAGAAAAAACAAAACAAAACAGUGACCAGUUGUUUGAUGGUUCAGGAAGUCUCUUUUGAUAAGAAAUAAUCAUAACGAUGAUGAUGAUACUGUCAGUGUUGGGACGACCCUUGUAUUAUAUUAUAUUUUUUUAACCCCUCUUAUCUUUUGCUUUCCUUCUCUUUGAAAAGCCGAAAAUCUUCGUCGGCAAGCUGGCCAACUGUCAGGAGGGUUUAAAUGGUCUCUUCCAAUGAUAGAAAUUGUAUUGCUAUAAUCAUAUUGCUAUCAUAACAAUAGCAAGCUGUCCUUCUGUCGGGAGGGUUCAAAUGUUGCCUUCAAAUCCUAGAAGUAUUUUAAAGAAGUUAUAAUACUAUUAAUCAUAAUCUCAACCUCCUGAUUUCUCCAUUCGUACAACAGUCCGCCAUUUUACGAAUGAGAUAAUAAUAGAUUCCAUUGAGAAGUGAAUGAAGCUUUAUGAAUGAAGUAAGAAUAGAUCCCAUUGAGACAUGAAUGAGUGAAUAGCCAUUGGUUGAAUGAGGGACCUUUGGGAAAAGAAACAUUGGAAGGAAUGAAAAUUUAUUAUUAUUAUUACUA